ACAACCGGAGGAAGGAGUGGGAGAGUUCGGAGGUUCAAAUGCCGAUGCAGUCAGGGAGGGACUACUCGCUGGGAGAGUACUUCGUGGAGGUUAAGGUUGGCACGCCGGGGCAACCGUUCUGGCUCGUCGCCGACACGGGGAGCGAGUUCACGUGGUUUAACUGUGUCACGAGGAAUGUGACUAAGAGGAGGAGUGGGACCAAGACGAAGCGUCGUGGUGGUGGUGGUGGUGGUGGAGGAGGAGUGCAUAAGCAUCAUCAUAAGGCUAGGAAUAAAACGAGGACGAGGCAUGGUCAUGGCCAUGGCCAUGCUCAUGGUCAUAGUCAUGGUCAUAGUAACCCGUGCGAGGGGGUGUUCUGUCCGCACAAGUCACUCUCGUUUGAAACUGUCACGUGUGGGUCGAAGAAGUGCAGGGUUGACCUCAGCGAGCUUUUCUCAUUGAGCUUUUGUCCCAAGCCUUCUGAUCCUUGCUUGUAUGAUAUCAGCUAUGCUGAUGGAUCAUCUGCAAAGGGAUUCUUUGGCACUGACACCAUCACAGUAGACCCCCAAAAUAGAAAGCAUGGAGCACUGACUAAUCUCACAAUUGGAUGCUCAAAAUCCAUGCAAAAUGGGGUGAACUUCAACCAAGACACUGGUGGCAUAUUGGGUCUAGGCUAUGGCAAGGACUCAUUCGUUGACAAAGCAGGUCGACAAUAUGGUGCCAAAUUCUCAUACUGUCUAGUUGACCACUUAAGCCACAGAGAUAUUUCAAGUUAUCUAACUCUUGGUCCGCACCACCCAGCCAAAUUGUUGGGAGAAAUAAAAAGAACAGAACUCAUUUUGUUCCCUCCAUUCUAUGGUGUGAAUGUAGUAGGCAUUUCAAUUGGUGGCCAAAUGCUGAAAAUCCCACAUCACGUUUGGGAUUUCACAGCACAAGGAGGCACAAUAAUUGACUCAGGCACAACUUUGACAGGACUACGUCUCCAAGCAUAUGAGCCAGUUUUGGAGGCUUUGACCAAGCCGUUGACCAAAGUGGUGAGGGUUCCUGGGGAUGAUUUUGGAACGUUGGAUUUUUGCUUCAAGUCUGAGGGGUUUGAUGAGAGUGUGGUGCCAAGAUUUGCGUUUCAUUUUACAGGGGGUGCAAGGUUUGAACCACCAGUGAAAAGCUACAUCAUUGAUGUGGCACCACAAGUUAAGUGCAUUGGAAUUAUGCCUAUAGCUGGGAACAGUGGUGCAUCAGUUAUUGGCAAUAUUAUGCAGCAAAAUCAUCUCUGGGAGUUUGACUUUUCUCAAAACCAUGUGGCAUUUGCUCCUUCUACCUGCACCUAGUUCGGAAUGUCAAUGUCAAUGUCAAUGUGAAUCUCAUCACCGUUUCCUUUUCUUUGUAUUUUUACUCUCUCCCUUAUUUUCUUGAGGACACAAACAAGUCACAUUUGGUGCUUGUUUAGUUCUAAUUGGAUUAUUACUUAUUUUUUUUUAUUUUCUAUAUUUUUUUCCCCUUCAUUCAGAUGCUUUGUAAAAUAUUACGUGUAAACAUGUAUCAUACAUCUAAUUGAAGCUCUUAUGAUGUUUAAUGAUACGUGGCUGGGGCCACAGAUUUCCUUGUAAGAUAUAAUAUCUAGUAUUCACACUA